CAAGUCAAUGGUGUUCCACAAUUCAUAUUUGUAAUCAGUCAGUAAAUUUAAUGGAUUGCGACCGAUCAUCUUAAUUUUUACACGGAUAUUAAAGCAAAACCCGGGCAUUGAGAGAAACAGUGAUCUCCAGUUGGUUGGUCGUGUUGUAUAAAAAUGUGACGGCAUGACAAAAUUAAUCAGGUUAUUCAAUCUGGCAAGGAAUUCUUCCGUGACUUCAGCCUUAGGCCAAAACGCCACAGUUCCGAAAGCAGGCUCUGUGGAAGAGAUUGUCAUUCCAAAGAAGAAGACAUGGGACAAACUAGCCGUUCUGAAAUCGCUUGCCUCCACUGUCAACAGGGAUCCCACUGCAUCACGAUACAUGUUCCAAGAUGACCCCUACCUCACCCCAAGGACGACUAUUGAGUUUAAACUGUAUUCCCUCUCCCUGGAGUCUGGCAGGAAUGCUGCAAAGUACAUUAUCAACACUUACCCUAAGUUCUUCCUGAAAGACUUUGCUGAGCCUCAUAUACCUUGCCUGAUGCCUGAGACCCUGGAGCCUCAGAUAGAAGAGGUGAGCGAGGCUGCACUAGUAGAGAGGAUUAAGCUGAGGAAGGUGGGCAUGGCUGUGGACCUGUUUGAUCAGCUCCUCCAGAAUGGCACAGUGGUGUCCACCAACACCACAAAUGACCUGCUUGAUCUGAUCUGUUUCUAUGGAGACUUGGACCCCAUGCAAGGGGAGGCAUCCAAGGAAGUGGCAGAGGAUCAAGAGACUCCGAGGAGGAGGGGAGCGGACCAUAGGGUAGGCAACCUCCUGGGCAGAGUCUGGAGAGAGAACAACAAUGCAGAGAGAAUAUACAACCUGAUGCCGGAACGAAACGAGAGGGCCUACUGCGCUUUGAUCCGAGGCAUGGUCAAGUAUGGAGCUGACACAAAAGCCUUCAGCACUUAUAUGGACAUGCUGAAUAACAGACUGACAGCCGAUGUUCACACCUUCAAUGCUCUGAUCAGUGCUGCCCCAAAUGUCCGGGAGGAUUACCACGAGAAAUGGAACCUGAUCAUGGAGCUACUUAAACAUAUGGAAGAACAGAAGGUCAGGCCCAACUUACUAACUUUUAAUGCAGUGCUGAAGAGUCUGCGACGCUGUGGCUCUCUGGCGAGAACUCAGGCCCUGCUCACACUUGCUGAGAUGAAGGCCCUCGGCAUUGAGCCCAGUUUGGCCACUUACUGUCAUGUCAUGGGAAUUUUCUACAAAGCAGCUGCAUCUGCCCGCAACCCCACCAAAAUCAUCUAUGAAGUGAUGGACGAGGUGUCAGGGAAGAGCUUUUCUGCCCAAGAUCCAGAUGAUGUUCAGUUCUUCCCCAGUACCAUGAGAAUAUGUUUGGACCUGAAGGAUAUUGAGCUGGCGUAUAGACUUCACAGAUUCCUGGGGGAAGGAAACAACUGGCAGCUACUGGGAGAUUCCCACCAACAGAGCAUGUACUAUGGAAGGUUCUUCAACCUGCUCUGCAUGAUGGAACAUGUUGAUGUGGUGCUGAAGUGGUACCGAGAGAUCACCCCCUCGCUAUACUUCCCCACCUCUCAUGCAUUUCGGGAUUUGCUCCAGGCGUUGGACACUGACAACAGGCUGGACCUCAUUCCGGAGAUAUGGAAAGACAUAAAGCAGCUGGGUCAUGCGCACAGGGCAGAGCUGGUGGAGGAGGUACUGACAAUGAUGGCCCGGGACAAGCACAGCCCAGAGGUCCAGGAGUCCUUUGCGAACUGUGCCCUGGACAUGAAGAAGGUGUUUGAGCAGAGGGAUCAUUCUGCCAAGAUGGCUCUGACGUGGACAGCCAGUGCUCUGGGAAAUAUCAUCUCCGUUCUGCUGGCUGCUGCCAGGACACGGGAGGCCUGGGAUAUGCUGGAGCUAUUCAAGAGAAACAACAGAGUCCCCACGGCGGAACUAUUGGAGGAGUUUGUGUGCUGCGCCCAGAGCACCAACAACCCCCAGCUGGCUGUGGAGCUGGUGCAGCUCUCCCACAGCUUCAGCCUGCCUACCACCACAAGACUUGCGCACAGGGUGGCACAAGAGUUCCAGCUCAGUGACGAGCAAAAGAAAGCUCUUUCAGAGCUGGAAGCCAGUGACAGUGAGAGCGACAGCAGCAAGGAUGAAUGAUGUCCAAUAGAAGGGGGCAGCAGCUCUUGCAGCCUUUUAGGCUGAGCUGUUUUCAAGAGCCAAAAAGGCUCAUUUUCAUAAAGCUACUGUAUGUGUUUGUCUGAAAUCUAAUAAAAAUUAGCUGAAACUUG